AUGGAGAAAAAGCAAACUAAAGGUCGCCAAAAGAUUGAGAUGAAGAGGAUACCCAAUGAAGAGGAUCGCCUAAUUACCUUUUCAAAACGUAGAUCUGGAAUUUACAAAAAGGCAAGUGAGCUUUCUACCCUAUGUGGUGCAGAAGUUGGGGUUUUGGUUUUUUCCCCAGCCGGUAAGGCAUUCUCAUUUGGUCAACCAAGUAUUGAGAAAAUUACAAACAAGGUUUUAUAUGAAAACCCACCACCAAAUGACAAUACCCUCAAUCUUGUUGAGGCUCAUCGACGAUUUAGACUUAAUGAGCUUCACCAAAAAUAUAGCGAACUAUUGAGCAAAAUGGAAGUUGCAAAGGAGCAAGAGAAGAUUCUUAGAAAAAAAGUACCAAACCGAAGCAAGGGCUGGUGGGAAGAACCUAUUAGUGAGCUUAGCAUGCAUGAGCUUGAGCAAAUGGCAAUAAAGAUCCAAAUGCUCCAUAAGCAUGUGCAACAUCGAGCUAAUGAGUUAUGGACUAGGGCAUCAUCUUCAUCUUUGCCAUUCUCAGUGGUGAAUCAAACUCCUUCAACUAAUCCAUUCUCUAUGACCGAAGUAGAACAAAAGUAUUAG